AUGCCCCACACAACCCUCGCCAGCACCUCCCCCACCACCCCAACCAUCCACGCCCUCUUCGAGCCCCAAACCAGCACCUGGCAGUACCUCGUCGUGGACCCCACCACCUUGACCGCCGCCAUCAUCGACCCGGUUCUGGACUACGAACCCACCACCCAGACAGUCCGCACCAGCACCGCCGAUGCUCUGCUCGCCUUCGUCGCGCAAGAGGGCUACACCAUCUCGCACAUCCUGGAAACCCACAUCCACGCCGACCACCUCACCGCAGCCGCGUACCUGCAGUCCCGGCUACGCAGAUCCCAGCCUACUUUCUCGAUCCCACAGCCCAAAGUCCCCAUCUGCGCCGGCCACCGCAUCCAACACGUCCAGACCCUCUUCGCGCAGCGCUACAGCAUCCCGGAAGAGGAAUACCGCACCACCGCGUUCGACAAACUCUUCCAGGACGACGAGGGCUUCAAGAUUGGGAGUCUCGACGCCGUGGCGCUGCAUCUGCCCGGCCAUACCCCGGAUCAUCUGGGGUAUAUGGUUGGCGGCAACAUCUUCGCAGGCGACUCGCUGUUCAACCCGGACAUCGGCACCGCGCGAUGCGACUUCCCCGGCGGGUCGGCGGAGAGUCUCUGGGCCUCCGGGCGACGCGUGCUGGGGAUGGCGCCGGGGACAAAAGUCUGGGCGGGACAUGAUUAUCCGCCUGCGGGGCGGGCGGUGGUGCCGUUUGGGACGGUGGAGGAGCAUCGGAGGCUGAAUCAGCACCUGAAGGAUGGGGUGGGGAGGGAGGAGUUUCUCAAGGUGCGGCGGGAGCGGGAUGCUGGCCUUGGAGAGCCGAGGUUGUUGCAUGCUGCGUUGCAGGUGAAUGUGCGCGGGGGGAGGUUGCCUGCGCCGGUGGGGGCGGGGAGUAACGGGUCAGGGUUGAGAUUGUUGAGGGUCCCCGUCAGGGGGGUUGUGGAGUGGUAG